ACUUAAGAUAUUUACUCAAAUUCCUGACGACAAUAAGGAAGAAUUAUCAAUAGACAUAGGUAACGAACAAAUUCAACAUACACUCAAAGACACAUUUACAAAUGACAAACAACCUUUGUUUGCAGAUACACCUAAUGAUACUGUCAAAGAUACUAAUAUUGAUAAUAUUGGAAUACUACAAAAAGACGAAAUUAUUAUUCCGCGUAUUACACAAGUUGAAAAGAACUUAGAAAUCUCAGAUCUGAACUCAAAUCAAUCUCAUUAG